AUGUACAGGACGAGGACAAACACCAGCUUGAGUUCUGCAGCCAACAAAACGGAUUUGGAUGAGGGAACGAGUCGCAGGAUGUACAGGACGAGGAAAAACACCAGCUUGAGUUCUGCAACCAACACAAUGGAUUUGGAUGAAGGAACGAGUCGCAGGAUGAACAGGACGAUGGAAAACACAAGCUUGAGUUCUGUAACUAACAAAAUGGAUUUGGAUGAGGGAACGAGUCGCAGGAUGAACAGGACGAUGGAAAACACAAGCUUGAGUUCUGUAGCCAACAGAAUGGAUUUGGAUGAGGGAACGAGUCGCAGGAUGAACAGGACGAGGGAAAAUACGAGUUUGAGUUCUGUAACCAACGAAACAUCAAAAAUAGGUCAGAAGGAUCUCUCCAAGUUUUCUGGCAAUAAUUUCGAUUCUAAGGAUUCGAAGCUUAAAUCGAAUUUAAUCGUGAAGAAGGCGAAGGAAACGCCAGGAGUCGACGCACAGGACAGUUAUAAAUUUUUUAAAUCCGUAGAAUAUUCCAACUCCAACGAUUCAGGCCUUGAAAGAAAUCUAAGCUUGAACAGGACAAAGGAAACUUCAAGAAAUGACAAGAAGGACCUUCCAACAUUUCCAAAAUCUAGUAUAAAUUUCAUCCUCAAGGAUUCGAGACGUGAAACGAAUUCAAAAUUGAACGAAACGAUGGAAACGUCAGGACAAGUUCAGAANUACUCCUAG